AUGUCUCCAAGGCUAUCUUACAAAGCAUUCGAGGUGCAGGUCGUUUAUCGAGAGUGUGACCACGUUUUGAGAGAAAAUCAGGUAAUCCCAAUUGAAGUGCCCGCCACCGAAAUACCCAAGGAACAGAAACGCAAUUCUAGUUCCUCUUCUCGAUCAUCUCGUCGCAGCAGCUGGAAAUCUCUCCUCUGCAGCGGCGGGGAACAAGCUGAGAGUGAAUCUGAUAGUGAUGCAGAUCUCGAUUUUCAAUGCGCAGGACCUAAGUUGGUUAACAACGUCGAAGGAUUGUGCCCAAAAUGCACAGACCGGCAAAGUCUUUUGAUCUCCCAGCAACAAGCACGAGACACAGAGAUUAUCCGCGCUUAUGUCGCCCAAGAACAAGACGAGGAGCGUGGACGACAACGUCGAGCGUACCGACAUGUGGAAGAUACACACACUAACUUCAGAUGUGAAAAGUGCAUUAGGGAGAACCGCAAUUCCGCCGACAGAUUAGGAAACGGAGGAUUCUGCUGUGAGUUUGGACGAUCUGUCUGGAAUAAAAAGUGUGAAGCUGAGCGAUUCUCAAACACCACCGCGGAAUUGAAGCGCAUGACAAUAGGCACAGUAGAAGCACGACGCGCCGCCAGACAAGCAGCAGCUUCCUAUGGAUGGAAAUCUCAUGCCGAUGAGUUCAACACAAUUGAACGAGAAGUCGUUUCACAGUUCUUGGGAAUCACGGGAAGCGAGCCUGGAUCCUUGCCCGGUCCAGCAGUUCCAAGAUACGAGGAUGCCCACAUUGAUAUUGAGCGAUGGAAUUCCCAAAUACAAACCAGCCGUGGUACUGCACCAGCACCAAACAAGCCACUUCCCCUGCUCCCAUUGAAGAGAAAGCCUCGAGCUGAGCAGGUGAGACCACAGCCGUCCACUGGACGACACGAAUUUCGCAACGAAGUCCCUCCGCUCAGAACCAGAGAUUCGGAUGUCUCAGCAAUGACAAGCCCACUGGACUUGGAUGAUGUGUCGUCAGUGUCAUCCAUGAGCACUCUUUGGACAUCCAACUCACAGAGACCAAAGACGAGAGAGGGAGAACACAAUGUGAGAAGACAGAUGUCCGACCUUGAAUACCAACUUGACAGCGCGUUGGAGAGCUGGCAACAGCUACAACCAGAACAGAGAGGCAGAAGAAGCAGGAGAUGA